UUGACCUUUAAGUUCAUAUUUUUAAUAUUUCGCGUAAACGCUGCGAAGCGGUCGUGUUCGUGUGUCCGUUCGUCUGUUUGUUAGUAUUGUUUAUAUAAAUAAAUGUGGAGUAUCGUAAAAUGAUCGCGCUGUCGCUACUCUUCCUCUCAGCUCUACUUGCCCCAACGCUAGAGCAGUCAACGUCGCCAUGCCCCAACGUGUUCACAUACGAGCAGACGGGCACGGAGCCCGGCCGCUGGUACGGCACCGUCAACCUCUCUACUGACAGCACCCUCCACAGUCUCUGGCUCAAUGUCGUGUUGGACAGCAAGGCGGAUAUAUUGGGGAAUUGGGUUGGAGACGUCAGCACCAAUGACAACAUCGACUUCAAGAUCGAGAACACCAAGAUGAAGAUCCAACCGGGGCCGGCGGUGGCCGUCCGGUUCUUCGUUCAGUACAAUCCUCUGAACAAGGUCCCCCGCCUUCAGGCGAUCAAGCUCAACGGUAGAGAGAUCUGCAACGCCAACACACCCCAACCGGCCAACUCCAGGCCCGAGGAAGUCACUGUGAGGCCCGCAAAACGCCCAGAAACCACCCAGGAGACGAGGCCCGAAGUCAGGCCAGAAACCAGGCCAGAAACCAGACCAGUGGCGAGGCCAAACGAGAGGCCAACAGAAACGUGGCCCGUUGAUAGUAGACCAAACAGUCAGGGUAGCCAAAAGCCCUCGACCGCUUCUAGGCCUUCCGAGCAGGGGCCCGUGUAUCGCCCGAGUAGCCAACAGCAGGGAAAUGUUAGUCCGUUCAGCAUCGGUGGUGGCCAACCCGGCGCUCAGGCGGUGACGGACAGGAACAAGUACCAGCUCACCACCGUCAAAACACCCAUCCGGGAUGAUGAUGAUGACAGCGACGUGGCUGAUCCCGACGACUACUUCACUGGGGGCCACCUGCUGGUCGCCAGCAAGCCCACCAACAACCAGGGGAACCGCAACCCUGACUACAACCACUCCGCUGGGGACCAGUGCGGUAAGGUGACCAGGAACAACCCCAACCCGCUGGUGGUGAACGGGAAACCCACGCUGGAGGGGCAGUGGCCGUGGCAGAUCGCAUUGUACCAGACACAGACAAUAGACAGCAAAUACAUCUGCGGCGGCACGCUGGUGUCCCACAAGCAUAUCAUCACGGCCGCUCACUGCGUCACCAAGAAGGGCAGGAACAAGGUGGUGAACAAGAACACUCUGACCGUGUACCUCGGGAAACACAACCUGAGGACGUCCGUGGAGGGCGUGGAGAUUAGAUUGGUAUCGGAGAUAAAGGUGCACCCGCAAUACAACGCGUCGUCGUUCAGCAAGGACCUCAGCAUCCUGACGCUGCGACAGCCGGUGGACUACACAGACUUCGUGCGCGCCGCCUGCCUCUGGCCCGAGCAGCAGGUCGACCUCUCACACGUUAUUGGCAAGAAGGGCUCGUUUCUGUCCAACGUGCAGGUGGUGGGGUGGGGUUUCGACGACACCGGCAUGGCGACGGAGGAGUUGGCGCUAGUGGAGAUGCCGGUGGUGGACCAGGAGACCUGCAUCAGGUCUUACAGCGAGUUCUUCGCGAGAUUCACGUCCGAGUACACCUUCUGCGCCGGGUAUAGAGACGGUGCAACUGACGAAAAUACUGGAGUUAGAAAAAGCACGUCAGUGUGUAACGGCGACAGCGGCGGCGGCAUGGUGUUCUUCAUGCGCGACUCGUGGUACCUCCGCGGGCUGGUGUCCCUCUCUGUGGCGCGACAGAACGAGUACCGCUGCGACCCCACGCACUACGUGGUGUUCACUGACCUCGCCAAGUUCCUGCCCUGGAUCCGACAGCAGAUCAGCAACUGAUAGAAGAAAUGACAAACUACCUACAUUUCAUUAUGUUUAGUCUAAAAACUUGGUGAGCAAAGUAUACAGUGUUUUUUCAAUCAGUGGCCAAACUUUCAAGUAAAUAAUAAUAUUAUGUGUCUGAGCAGGUAUGUCAUUAAUUCAUUAUACAAUAGUAAUUCAAUUUUUUAUAAAAGGAUUUUGUGAUAUUUAAAUUAUUGCAAAAACGAACUGAAUCCAAUUGUUUAUAACAAUAUAUCCACAACUUUAUAAUGGGUAUCGGGAUUUUUGCACUUUUCUAAAACACGUGAAUCUCUUGAAUAUAAAUAUUUUCUAAACAACUAAGUUUCCUACUUAAGUUGUAGGUUUCAUACUAAAACCUUCUCGCCAUGCCCUACUAAAAACACUGUAGUAAAUAUUAAACAUGCAUUUUCAAUAUGUAGGUAUAUUUUAGGUAGUAAAUGUUUGUUAUUUCUUGUCCAAUUUUUGUUUUACAAUGCCAUAUUUUUCACGUUCCAGACGAAAAGUAGUCUUUAGAAUCUAUUUUGUUAAUUUCUGAAAUAAUAAUUAUUAUAAUUUUAAUGAUUACGAAAAAUGCUCUCUACGAAAUGAAUUUGUAAAGUAUUAUUUUUUACGAACCCUUUUUUACCAAUUUGACUAUACUUAGACUGAAGAUAUUUGUAUGUUUGACUAUUCAAUAAACUAAAUAAUAUUUG